UAUUUUUCAUAUAGUUUUAACUCACGCCUAUUUAGGUUAGGCAGAAAGUACAUUUAUUUUUUAAAUCCAGAUUAAUUUAUAUUUAAAUUCUUCUUUUCAGAUGGCUACGCUGUUGGAUAGAUUCAGUACGUAUGAUGAUGGAUGGUGUGUCCCGUUUUUAAAACCCAUUGAAAUGGCCAAAGCUGGGUUUUCAUACUUUGGCACUAAGGAUCAAGUGAAAUGUUAUUUUUGCUCGCAAGUCCUGGAUAGUUGGCAAGAAGGAGAUGAUCCAUUAGAUGAACAUAGGCUUCACUCUCCGCAAUGUCUAUUUGUUUGUGCAACCAAAAGUGAUGACAUACAAGUAAUUACUCUUGAGGAUCGUUUAAGAACUUUUGUUGAUAAAUGGUCGUUAGAGUUCUUAAAACCUAUCCAAAUGGCCAAAGCCGGGUUUGCAUACUUAGGAUUUCAAGAUCGUGUGAAAUGUUUGUCAUGUUGGAAUGACUUUGAAAAUUGGGAUCACCGUGAUGAUCCGUUAGCUAAACAUAUAUUUCAGUCUCCACAGUGUCCAUUUGUUCUUGAACCCACAAAUGACCUUCAGGAGAUAAUGCUUAAAGAUCGUUUGAAAACAUUUGAUGAUGGUUGGAGUGUUAAGUUUUUAAAACCUGUCGAUAUGGCCAAAGCAGGAUUCAUUUACUUAGGCAUUCAAGAUCAUGUAAAAUGUUUGUCAUGCACAGAAGACUUUCAUGAUUGGCAACAAAAUGAAGAUCCGUUAGUUAAACAUCUAGUUCAGUCUCCCCAAUGUCCAUUUCUUCGUGAACCCAAAAUUAGUUAUGAUGUGUGUGGUCCUUAUAGUAGUGAACCUUCUGGGGCAUAUAUAGAGGCAAGCCAGAUUCAAGACUGUUUAGAUUCUGUAGGCAUUAUACAAAAAUUAGAGCCACUUACAUAUCCAGAAUUUAAUAACCUCGAUGCACGCUUGAAAUCAUUUGAUAAAUGUUUGGUAACAUUGGUGCAAGAUAUUAAUACACUAUGCGAAGCUGGAUUUUUUUAUAAAGGAAAUGGUACAGAUGAUAUAAUGUCGUGUUUCUACUGUAAUCUAGUGCUGUAUAACUGGGAUAAUAAAGAUGAACCGUGGACAGAACAUGCCAGAUAUUCAAAGAAUUGUAGUUAUUUGCUAUUAAAAACAAGCAAAAUCUUUGUUGAUAAAGUACACGGUGUGGAAAGUGAUAUUACAAAAUCCAAUAUAAUAAAAUUAGUCAAGUUGAUUGCUAAAUAUGGAGAUACUUAUAUUGUUGGAACUAGUAUGAAAAUAAAGUCGACAAAAAAAAUACUUGAUUUGUUACAAAAUACUGACUUGAGUGAAAUUAAAAUAUCAUUUGAUGAAAACCAACAUCUUUCUCGAGCUCAAAAUCCUAAUACAAUACCAGAUUAUAUGUUAUGCAAGAUUUGCUAUAAGGAAGAAAUCGCAGUGGCUUUUGUUACUUGUGGUCACACCAUUGCCUGCAUUCAAUGUGCUUUAACAAUUGUACAGUGUGCUGUUUGUAGACACCCAUUCAACAAGGCAAUGAGAGUAUACUUAUCCACAGAUAAAGAUCCCAAACUAGUACCCGAAAGUUCAUCAAAAGGUUCUGACAACAAAUUGGACUCGACACUUUGCAAAGUUUGUCAUAAAGAAGACAAGGUAACGGUAUUUAUACCUUGUAGACAUGUAUAUGCGUGUGCCAAAUGUGCAGAAGAAAUGGACGAGUGCCCUGUAUGUACAGAAAAUGUCUGUUCUUUUAUUCAAUUACACAUGUAGGAUAUAAGUAGUACACUUAUGAUAUGUUCUCUAGACAAUUAAAAACAAAUAUCAAAUUAUUUAACAACUAAACUUCUUGUGAUGGUUCUAGUCAAUCGGAAAAAUAUUAUUUUUAUCCCAUUCGCGGUGACAAAAUAAUGGUAGUGAAUUUUCCGAUUUUAAUUCUGUAAAAGCUUCAAAGUUGCCAAAGGUUAAUUUAAAUUUAUACACACUAACAAGUUAUAUCGCACUAUGUAUAAUGAAUUUACUAUACAACCCUCCUUAUAAUAUGAAUGACUAGAACCACCUUAAUUGCUUUUAGAGAAAUGCUCAUAUUUAA